AUGCAGGUCGUUGGGUUACGGUGGGCAAGGGCGACGUUCGAUCAGUAAUCUUGCUCCUUCUCGGCACGCAUUGUUCACGGUGGGCAGCUUGAUUGCUUGGAUAGCUUUAGAAUUGUUGCUUAUUCAUCCUCCAUCGAUACUGGGAAACUGCUUUUUCUAUCAGUGUUUGCUCUGACGGCAGUGAAAUCAUUGAAGCUUUUGCUCUGA